AUGUCGGCUCCAUUGUACAAGAAAGCCCUCAUCAUCGGCGCCACGGCAGGCAUCGGCGAGGCCCUCGCCAUCAAACUGGCCGGACAAGGAACCAAGGUAGUCGGCGUUGGUCGACGCCAGGAGCGACUCGAUCGUCUCGUCCAAACCAUUGGAUCCGAAAAUUGUUCAGCAGUGAAAUUCGACAUCACAAACCUGUCCGAGAUCCCUGCUUUCGCAUCCAAAGUCACUGCCGAACACCCGGACAUCGAUGCCAUAGUGAUCAACUCCGGUAUCCAACGGUCCUUCAACUUUGCGGAACCAGAAAGCGUGGAUCUGGAGUCGUUUCAAAGCGAAUUUACUACAAAUUACACUAGCGCGGUCCAAUUGACCUUGGCCUUCCUGCCUUUUCUACAGGCGCAAAAGACCGCGACGCAUUUGAUCUAUAUCAGCGCUACUCUCGGUGUUAUCCCUACUAUGCUGCGGACUGGUGGCUAUAAUGCGUCCAAAGCGGCCCUGCACCAUUGGAUCCUGGUGUUUCGCGAACAACUAAAAGCGCAACCAGAGAACAAGGUCAAAGUGGUCGAGGUGUUCCCGCCAGCGGUGCAGACCGAGCUGCACGACGAGCACCACCAACCGGAUCUUAAAGACGGCCACAAGAUCGGCAUGCCGCUACCGGCCUUCACCGAUCAAACGUAUGACGAGUUAGUCAAGGGAGACGAUCAGUUUGGCAUUGGAAUGGCCAAGGGCACGAUUGAUGGUUGGGAGAAGGAGCGCGUGCGUCUGUUCCACGAACAAGUGCCUAUUAUCAACAAUGUUUUGCGACCUUUUCUGAAGUAA